AUGGUAGUGUUCUCAAGACACGAUUCUCCAUCAUGUCAGGGUGGCUACACCAUCCAUGAGGCUCCGAUUUUUGCACGCCUAGAGUCAACCUCUGCAGCCCGUAUCGAAGAGCACGGUUUGGAGAGCACCACAAUUUCUGAUGUUCUGAAAGUCAAAGGGAAGGGCGCCUAUGGGUUCUGUCUCUGGUGCACGACUGAUGCCAAUGUGUAUGAAGCCGUGAAAUCAAUGACUCAACACAAUGUUGGAGCUCUGGUGGUGGUUAAACCAGGGGAGGAAAAGUCGAUUGCAGGAUUUAUCACUGAAAGAGCUUUGGGCAAAUCCGGCGUUGAGGGGAUUUUUAUCCUCCUUAUUACAGAGGUUUCACUUCAACAAGGAGUUUCCAAAAGAUGA